AUGUUCGGCGGACGCAAGUUCUCCAUCAACCGCCAUACCGGCGUGCCCAAGCCCCUCUUGCGGCGCUUCAGCAACGUCGAGUCGUCGAUGAACGAGAUCCAGUCCAAGGUCCAUCGCCAGUUCCGAAAUGCCCACGAGGGCCACAUGCCCCACGCCGGCCUCGACGCCAGCCGCUCGUCGACGGGCGUCGUCUGGUGCACCGAGCGCGCCUCCGAGUUUGGCUUCUCCGAGGAGCCCGACGCCUGGGCAAACCUCGGCCAGGGCGCCCCCGAGGUCGAGGACGACAUUGCCGGCUGCUUCAAGCGGCCCGAGACCAUCUCCAUCUCGGUCAAUGCCCGCGAGUACGGCCCGACGGCCGGCAUCCGGCCCCUGCGCGAGGCCGUGGCCAAGCUCUACAACGAGAUGCACCGCGAGGGCAAGGACAGCCUCUACACGUGGGAGAACGUGGCCAUUGUCCCCGGCGGCCGCGCGGGCCUCAUCCGCAUUGCCGCUGUCCUGGGCAGCGCCUACCUGAGCUUCUUCCUGCCCGACUACACGGCCUACAACGAGAUGCUGAGUCUCUUCAAGAACUUUGCCGCCAUCCCAGUGCCCCUGUCGGAGGAGGACGGCUAUCACAUCCACCCCGACAAGAUUGCCGAGGAAAUCGCCCGCGGCACGUCGGUCAUCCUGACGUCGAACCCCCGCAACCCGACGGGCCGCGUCGUCGCCAACCCCGAGCUGGCCGAGAUCCAGGACAUCUGCCGCGGCCGCGCCACCUUUAUCAGCGACGAGUUCUACUCGGGCUACAACUACACGAGCGACUGCGACGGCACCACCAUCUCGGCCGCCGCCAACGUCGAGGACGUCGACGAGGACGACGUCUUGAUCAUUGACGGCCUGACCAAGCGCUUCAGGCUGCCCGGCUGGCGCAUCGCCUGGAUCCUGGGCCCCAAGGAAUACAUCAGCGCGAUCGGGUCGUGCGGGAGCUACCUCGACGGCGGUGCCUGCCACGCCUUCCAAGAAGCCGCCAUUCCCAUGCUGGAGCCAACGCUGGUGCAAAACGAAAUGGUGCACCUGCAGCGUCACUUUCGGGACAAGCGCGAUUUCGUGGUGAAGCGGCUGCGAGAGAUGGGCUUCGCCAUCAAAUACGUGCCCGACUCUACCUUUUACCUCUGGCUCAACCUCGAGGGCCUGCCCGAGACCAUUUCCGACGGGCUCAACUUCUUCCAGGCCUGCCUGGAGGAAAAGGUGAUUGUGGUGCCGGGCAUCUUCUUCGACCUCAACCCGUCUCGCCGGCGCGAUCUGUUUGACAGCCCGUGCCACCACUUUGUGCGCUUCUCGUACGGGCCGCGCAUGGACGUGCUGCGCAUGGGGCUGGACGGCAUCGAGCGCGUCGUCAACAAGCACCGAAAGACGGAGUAG